GACCUUCUGUUCUAUAACCUCUCAAAUCAUAAUAUUCAGUGGACUUUGGAUCUGAAAGAUAUUGGCAAACUUUUCAAAAGUGGCAUAUUCAAGUUUAGUGCAGUGUCUGGACAUGUACUAGCAAAGGAGAAGUAUAGCAUUUCCAUCUCUUUCUGUCCAAGUAAGCCUGGAAAAUAUUCAGUGAAUGUUCCUAUGCUUUUAAAUGAUAAUCCCGUUUUUUAUAGAACAUUACACCUUUUUGGAGAGGUAAAAUCACCCAACUUACUGUUUGAUCCACCAUUUGUUUAUUUUGCUCCUGUUCCUUUGGAUGUAACAACUGAAAUAGAAAUCAACAUUUUACCUCAAAAUUUUUUCAGCGAUACAACUCUAAAUGUCAAGCUUCCUAAGAGUAAGGAGAUUAUUCCCCUUUCUGUGAAGUUUCCAAAGGGCAAAAUAAUCACAAGUGCUUUGCGUGGAAUUAAUACAAAGCUUGUCUGCCAUCUCAGCUUUAAAUCAUCCAUACCUGUGUCCUUUACUACCAAUGUUCUUUUUGGUGAUGAAAGCAAUAACUGGUUUUCUCUGCCGGUUACUGCAAUAGCAGAAAACUGCAUUCUUACUGUAUACCCAUAUAUGGCAAUUCAUCUUGAUAACCAACACAUUGUUUUAACACAUGAUACGGAGGGAAAUCCUUCAAAGACUACGAGCGGUGCUCCACUUCGUUCUACUGCUGCGAAAAAAAUGACCCCACUUACAACUAAAGUUGACACUUCUGAGCCUGCAAAGAGAAAAUAUAUUAUUGGAAUGGAAGUACGUGACAGCAUCUUAUUGGACAAAAGUGAAACAUCAAAGAAAAGUGGGGAUAAACCUGUAGAAAAGAAGCAAAAUAAGCAAUUCUUUGCUCCUGGAGAAGGAACAGAAGCAUAUAAAUUCUUUGAGAAGGUUGUGAAUGCAACUCAGACAUGGUUCAGUCUUUUUGGGUGGCCUGAAGCACCUCACUCUAUUUCUAUUCCUGAAACGUUAAGAAGCCAAUCAUUACCUGUAGAUAACACUGAACGACUGACGCAACUUCAUUUGCAACAUUCUUCGCUUUUAACCUUUCUCAAGGCACAAGGAGCAUUCAUUUCUCAUAUACUGCCAGAAUUUCUGUUUGAACCAGAAGAUUAUAAGAAGUGGAUUGAGAUGACAACUUCGACUGACAACAUGUCUGAGAGUUCUGAUACAGAAGAGGAAAAGAAUCCUGUUAUUAUAGAUGCCACCGACUUUGAAGCCUUGAGUAAACAGGCAUGGACAGAUGUACUCCUUCAGAUGUACAAGGUGUUGGUUCUAUCCCGUGUUUUACCACUUCAUAGCAGUAAUACACCCCCAACACAUAUAGAAAAUACAUCAAAAAUCAAUCCUUGUUUUGUAUCUAGCAACAUAUAUUCUACUCCUGAAAGGAUUCUCCUAAGUUGGCUGAAUACAAAUUAUGAGAAUACCCGACACACUAUAUGGAAUAACAUCCCCAAAGGUGCUUUUCCCCCUGAGAAAUGGAUAUUAAAUUUUGACAAAGAUCUUUUAGAUGGCCUUGUUUUUGCGACACAGAUAGCAACCUAUUGUCCAUUUCUGAUUGAGUCUCAUUUUAGAAAUAUGUAUACAAAACCAAAGAGCCCUGAACAACAUCUGCACAAUUGCCUGAUUGUUCUGAAUGCUUUACAUGAAAUUGGAAUUGACAUGGACAUAGAAGCCAUCGACAUCUACGACCCAAAUCCCAUUCUAAUGCUCAUGCUUUGUGUCCACAUGUAUGAAAGGCUUCCUACAUACCUUCCCAAGAAGGUAGUAUCCUUUCAUUGCACUCUAUAUGACACCGUGCUCAGAGAGAUUUUAGUGAAAAAUCCAAGCACAAAAACUUUAGUAUAUAAUGCUGCAAUUAUUGGGAGAGAUGUUGAUGACUUCUCACUCACCCAAACAGGGGAUGUAGUGACAAUUUCUCCAAGGAGUGAAAUUACCAUCACUGUGCAAUUUGCCAGCCGUUUUCUCCGUCCUGCUGAAGCUUCACUAUUACUAAUUUCAAAACCAAAGAAUACAUUUGGAGGCACUACACUGGCUUUUAGUCUACGUGGUGAAGUCGUCUAUUUUAAAGCUUUUGAUAUCAUAAAAUGCAAAUCCCCAUGUUAUACAUGGACCAAAGUCACUGUGAAUGUUAAAAACCACUUCCACACUGCAGGGGACUUCAGUGUUGCUGCGAAUAACAGCAUAUAUAAAUCGGCUCGGAGCUUUUCUUAUUCUGGAAAUGCCUUAAAGACCUCAAUUACGUCCACUUUUAUCAAAGAGUUUUUCUGUUCCACACGUACUCUUCAUCUGGAAGCAGAAGAGUCUUCAAGCUUGCAGCUCUACUAUCUUCCAUUUAACAUCCACAUCCGCUAUUGUGUUAUCAUCCUGAGCAAUCAAAAGAUUGGAGAAUUAAUAUAUAUUGUGAAAGGAAAAGGUUUGAGACCCUUGCCCUCAAAAUUUAUUCCACUGAGUUAUUCACAUCCACUCAACUACGGUACUACUCCAGAAGAAGAGCUCAUUUGGGAAGAUCCCAUUCUGUAUGUGAACUGCGAGCUCAAUCAAACGCUGGACAUGGAGCUAAAAUUGCCACUGACUAAUGAAGCCAGAGAAAAGGCUUUGGCUUUUGCAGCACAGCAGCAGAUGUCAGAUCUUGAGUAUGAGCGAAGGUUGAUCACAGGCACACUGGAGAGCAGCAGUAUCCGUGUGGCCAUCGCCGUUCUAGGGCUGACCAUGGUCGAGGUAUGA